AUGCCGAACUACUCUAGCUCUUCGGUCAAUCCGGUCGAUUGGGCGACGGGUGUUGAUGGCUAUAAUCUACUGAAAAAACGUAAUCUUUUAGAAAAUUUACAAGCCUUACCUGAUAAAGUUUCUUCUACACCGGCACCACCACCAUUUCAAGAUUUUCUUACAGUUACUAAUACAAAAAAACGAACACAUACAAGUUUAAGUGUAAGAAGUAAUACUGGUGAUAGUAGUGUUUAUCUUCCUCAUCAAACACCAUCACCAUUACUUGAUCAUACAAAUUAUAAAUAUGCUAAAAUUCGUGCAAGACCAAUUUAUAAUUUUAAAUAUAAUGAAGCAAGUAUUUGGACACAAUCAUCAUUGAAUUCAACAAAAUCUUCAUUAAAUAAUUUACAAUUUGAUAUAAAUAUUGUUAAUAAAUUUUUUGCUAAAGAAAUAAAACAAAUCAAUAAUAAUAAUGAACAACGUUUGAAAAGUUCAUCGAAGACAAUGCCCAUAACACGACCAUUUCAAAUACUUGAUAAAUCAUCACAAUUGACUUAUGAUGUAACUAUGCGACAUUUACUUCAAUUAUUAGCAAAAACUAAUGGUAAAAAUGCAACUAUCGAUGAUGUUCUUCAUGGCAUUGAUACAGGAAAUAUCGAUAGUGAAUGGUAA